CUCCGGACGGCUUGCGAGCACCAGCGCAUUUCCAUCAGCCUCUAACGCGUUACUUGAAGUAAUCAUGGGAAAACAGAACAGCAAACUGACCCCUGAGGUGAUGGAGGACCUUGUGAAGAACACAGAGUUUAAUGAACAUGAGCUCAAGCAAUGGUACAAGGGCUUCCUGAAAGACUGUCCCAGCGGUCGACUAAACCUGGAUGAGUUCCAGCAGCUCUAUGUUAAGUUCUUCCCUUAUGGUGACGCAUCGAAGUUUGCACAGCAUGCAUUCAGGACCUUUGAUAAGAAUAGUGACGGUACUAUCGACUUCAAUGCUAUUUAUAAAAUGGUGGGCACCGUGAUAAUGAUGAAGAUGAACGAGGACGGUCUGACACCAGAGCAGAGAGUGGAUCGGAUCUUCAGCAAGAUGGAUAAAAACAACGACGACCAGAUCUCACUAGACGAGUUCAAAGAAGCCGCCAAGAGCGACCCGUCCAUCGUACUGCUCUUGCAGUGCGACAUGCAGAAGUGA